AACUAGGUGAAGCUUUUGCUUAUUUAUUAAAACAAUAUGGUGGGAUAGUUAAAUUUCACGGCUUAUUUAAUGAACCAAGCAUAUUAAUUUCCGAUCCAAAACUUGUCCAACAAGUACUUGUGAAUCGUCCAUAUGAAUAUCUAAAGUACUUUUCAAACAAAAGCAUGGCCAAGGAAGUUUUUGGUGGUGAUGGUAUUUUACUUGCAGAGGGAGAUACUCAUAAACGACAAAGAAAAACGAUGAGUCCUUCAUUUGAUUUUACAAAUGUUAAGGAAAUGUAUCCAACAUUCGUUCAAGCUGGCCAUAAAUUAAAAAAUAUCUGGAUGAAACAAAUUG